CUUUUUUCUGGAACCAUACAUAUGCUACAGUUACAAAAUCUUUAUUUCCUUCAAAGCUUUAUCAGAAAUCACUAAAAAAGACCAUUCCUUUUUCUCUUCCAUUCUCCAUAUAUAGUUUCACUUACCCAUUUUCUUCUAUACCCAUCUUUUCUUCUUCUGAAUUGAUUUUAUUCAAUGGAAAAAUUACAACAAAAUGAAGCUCAACAUCGUGGCUAUGUCAUGGAAGAUAAUUAUGAGUCUUCUUCUUCUUCUUCAACGGACGAGCUUAGUCGUUCUAUAAAUUCAGAGGAAUGUUCUUCAUUAGAAAUGGUGGAGGAUGUAAGUUCUUCUUUGUCGUCGUCUUCUUCAAAUGGGCCUCUCUUUGAAUUAACAGAGCUAAUGGUUCAUCUUCCUAUUAAGAGAGGAUUGUCUAAAUAUUAUGAUGGUAAAUCUGAAUCUUUUACAUCUUUAGCAAGUGUUGAAAGAUUAGAAGAUUUGGCCAAAAGGGUAUCUCCAGUUACAAAAAGAUUCAAAUCUUGUAAGAGUUUUGAUGGUCAUAAAUCCAUUGUUCCCAGAGCUGCCAUAGCCAAGAAAAGUUCAAGAUCAAGACGAAAAAGUAGUUUGAUCUGUGGUUCUAGGGCUACAAUUUCUGUGAAUGGACACUGAUUAGAGGUUUAAUUUCAACGGAAUAAAAGAUCGAACAACAUGACUAACACGACUCUAUUGCUAAUCUUAAUUAAUCUUGUAAAUUUUUAAGCAUAUCUUUUCUCUCUUUUCUUUUUUAUUUUUCCAAGGAAUUUUGUCACAUAGUGUAAAGUUUUAACCUCUCAUUGUACAUUGGUUUUUUAAAUUUGUAACAUUUUGUUGUUGAUUAUUUAUUACAA